AUGAGUGCGUAUGUUUCUCACCUUGAGCAGGAUGGAAAGGUGGCGUGUCAGCAGGUGUCCUGUCCUCCUGUGUCCUGCAUCUAUCCGUCCUUCAUCGAUGGAGAGUGCUGUCCGCUCUGUCUGGACGAUGAAAACGGCUGGUCCCCGUGGUCUGAGUGGACCCACUGUUCGGUCACCUGUGGACGUGGAGGGCAGCAGAGGGGCCGAUCCUGCAACGGCAUCAAGCCGCCCUGUGCCGGCCCGUCGGUCCAAACCCGCAGCUGCAUGCCGAUGAAUGUGGAGGUGGUGGUGGUGGUGGUGGUGGUGGUGGUGGUCUGUGUGGAGACUUUUCCAGGCUUCUCUCGUCCUGACGGGGGCUGGGGCCUCUGGUCUCCGUGGUCUGCGUGUACCACCUCGUGUGGAGACGGCAGCAUCACACGGGUCCGUCUCUGCAACAGCCCUCCGCCACAGAAGGGGGGCAGAGGGUGCACGGGCAGCGCCGGGGAGACACAGCCGUGCAACAACACACUCUGCCCCGACACAUGUUUGCUCUCAAAUCCAUGUUUUCCUGGAGUGGAGUGCACGUCCCACAGCGAUGGAUCAUGGGAGUGUGGACGUUGUCCGUUGGGUUUAAACGGAAACGGAACUCACUGUGAAGAUGAGAACGAGUGUGAGGUGGAGAGUGUGUGUGUCACAGAGUGUGUGAACACGGACCCCGGCUUCUUCUGUCGGCCCUGUCCUCCUCGCUACAGAGGCACCCAGCCGUACGGCCUCGGACUGCAGGAGGCCCGGAGAACCAGGCAGGUGUGCGAGCCAUACAAUCCUUGCAAAGACAACACACACACCUGCCACAGGAACGCUGCGUGUGUGUACCUGGGCCUGGCGUCUGAGGCGUUGUACAGGUGUGUGUGCGCUGUGGGCUUCGCUGGCGACGGCUUCCUGUGUGGAGAAGACUCUGAUCUGGACGGCUGGCCCAACUCCAGAUUAACCUGCAAGCAGAACGCCACCUAUCACUGUCAGAAGGAUAAUUGCCCCACCCUACCAAACUCUGGACAGGAAGACCUGGACAAGGACGGACAGGGAGACGCCUGUGACACCGAUGAUGACAACGAUGACAUCAUCGAUGAGAGGUUUGACUCUGACUCUGACGCAGUCGGGGACCGCUGUGAUAACUGCCCGUUUGAGAGCAACUCUCUGCAGGCCGACACGGACGGCGACGGGGAGGGAGACGCCUGCAGCAUCGACAUGGACGGAGACGAGGUUCUGAAUGACCGGGACAACUGUCCCUUAGUCUACAACACUGACCAGAGGGACACUGACCUGGACGGUGUUGGAGACCAGUGUGACAACUGUCCCCUUCUGCACAACCCACUGCAGCUGGACUCUGACAGCGACCUGGUGGGGGACCUGUGUGACGACAACGAGGACAUCGAUGAGGACGGACACCAAAACUCUCUGGACAACUGUCCCUACAUUGCCAAUAGCAACCAGGCCGACCACGACAAGGACGGGAAGGGGGACGUCUGUGACCAUGACGACGACAACGACGGUAUCCCCGACGACCGGGACAACUGCAGACUAGUGCCCAACAGGGACCAGCUGGACUCUGACGGUGAUGGGAGUGGAGAUGCAUGCUUUGAUGACUUUGACAACGACAGUAUUCCGGAUGCGCUGGAUCCGUGUCCUCUGAACCAGGACAUCGGGUCUACAGACUUCAGGAGGUUUCAGGUUGUUCUGUUGGACCCUAAAGGCACCACGCAGUCUGACCCUCUCUGGGUGAUCCGCAGCCAGGGCACCGAGCUGCUGCAGACGGCCAACUCGGACCCUGGCAUCGCUUUAGGAUAUGACAGGUUCAGUGCAGUGGACUUCAGUGUGACCUUUUAUGUGAAUACCAACCGAGAUGACGACUACGCAGGCAUCGUGUUCGCCUACCAGUCCAGUCGACGCUUCUACGUUGUCAUGUGGAAGCAGGUGUCUCAGGCCUACUGGGAGAAAAAGCCGUCCAAAGCUUUUGGCACCGCGGGAGUCUCUGUUAAACUGGUCAACUCCAGCACAGGACCAGGAGAGUUUCUACGUAAUGCCCUGUGGCACACGGGGAACACCAGACACCAGGUCAGGACAUUGUGGCACGAUCCUAAUAAAAUUGGGUGGAAGGACUUCACCGCCUACCGCAUGCACCUCAUCCACAGACCCAAGACGGGGUUCAUCAGGGUGGUGGUGUACGAGGGCAGGGAGAUCCUGUCGGACUCGGGGGCCGUGUACGACCACACGCUGGCUGGAGGCCGACUGGGACUGUUUGUCUUCUCUCAGGAACACGUCCUCUUCUCAGACCUCAGAUAUGAGUGCAGAGAUAACUGA